UGUCCCUGAAAUAGUAAAUAUUGUUGAGCUUUUUUUGCCCUUAUCUUCGUUUUUUUAAUUUCCUUUUUUAAGGUGGGAAAACUGUGAAACCCACCUUGAUUUCCUCCCCUCUCCCCCCUCCCCACCUUCCCUCGCCCUAAUCCCCCGACAAGGAAAGAAGCAGCAGUUGGUUCAGUCUCUGGUAAUCUAUGCCAGCAAUUAUGACAAUGUUAGCAGACCAUGCAGCUCGUCAGCUGCUCGAUUUCAGCCAAAAACUGGAUAUCAACCUUCUAGACAAUGUGGUGAAUUGCUUAUACCACGGAGAAGGAGCCCAGCAAAGAAUGGCUCAAGAAGUACUGACACAUUUAAAGGAGCAUCCUGAUGCAUGGACAAGAGUCGACACAAUUUUGGAAUUUUCACAGAAUAUGAACACGAAAUAUUAUGGACUACAAAUUUUGGAAAAUGUGAUAAAAACAAGGUGGAAGAUUCUUCCAAGGAACCAGUGUGAAGGAAUUAAAAAAUACGUUGUUGGCCUCAUUAUCAAGACGUCAUCUGACCCAACUUGUGUUGAGAAGGAAAAGGUGUAUAUUGGGAAAUUAAAUAUGAUUCUUGUUCAGAUACUAAAACAAGAAUGGCCAAAACACUGGCCAACUUUUAUCAGUGACAUUGUUGGAGCAAGUAGGACCAGUGAAAGUCUCUGUCAGAAUAAUAUGGUGAUUCUUAAACUCUUGAGUGAAGAAGUAUUUGAUUUCUCUAGUGGACAGAUAACUCAAGUGAAAGCUAAGCAUUUAAAAGACAGCAUGUGCAAUGAAUUCUCCCAAAUUUUUCAGCUGUGUCAGUUUGUGAUGGAAAAUUCCCAAAAUGCUCCACUUGUACAUGCAACUUUGGAAACAUUGCUCAGAUUUCUUAAUUGGAUUCCACUGGGAUAUAUUUUUGAGACCAAGUUAAUUAGCACAUUAAUUUAUAAGUUCCUGAAUGUUCCAAUGUUUCGAAAUGUCUCUCUGAAGUGCCUCACUGAGAUUGCUGGUGUGAGUGUAAGCCAAUAUGAGGAACAAUUUGUAACGCUAUUUACACUGACAAUGAUGCAGCUAAAACAGAUGCUUCCUUUAAAUACCAAUAUUCGACUUGCAUACUCAAAUGGAAAAGAUGAUGAACAGAACUUUAUUCAAAACCUCAGUUUGUUUCUCUGCACCUUUCUAAAGGAACAUGGUCAACUUAUAGAGAAAAGGUUAAAUCUCAGGGAAACACUUAUGGAGGCCCUUCAUUAUAUGUUGUUGGUAUCAGAAGUGGAGGAAACGGAAAUCUUCAAGAUUUGUCUUGAGUACUGGAAUCAUUUGGCAGCUGAACUCUAUAGAGAGAGCCCAUUCUCUACAUCUGCUUCUCCAUUGCUCUCUGGAAGUCAACAUUUUGAUGUUCCUCCCAGGAGACAGCUGUAUUUGCCCGUGUUAUCCAAGGUCCGUUUAUUGAUGGUUAGUCGUAUGGCUAAACCAGAAGAAGUAUUGGUUGUAGAAAAUGAUCAGGGAGAAGUUGUAAGAGAAUUCAUGAAGGAUACAGAUUCCAUUAAUUUGUAUAAGAAUAUGAGAGAAACAUUAGUUUAUCUUACUCAUCUGGAUUAUGUAGAUACAGAAAGAAUAAUGACUGAGAAGCUUCACAAUCAAGUGAAUGGUACAGAGUGGUCAUGGAAAAAUUUGAAUACAUUGUGUUGGGCAAUAGGCUCCAUUAGUGGAGCAAUGCAUGAAGAGGAUGAAAAACGCUUUCUUGUUACUGUUAUAAAGGAUCUAUUAGGAUUAUGUGAACAGAAAAGAGGCAAAGAUAAUAAAGCUAUUAUUGCAUCAAAUAUCAUGUACAUAGUAGGUCAAUAUCCAAGGUUUUUAAGAGCUCACUGGAAGUUUUUGAAGACUGUAGUUAACAAGUUGUUUGAAUUCAUGCAUGAGACCCAUGAUGGAGUCCAAGACAUGGCUUGUGAUACUUUCAUUAAAAUAGCUCAGAAAUGCCGCAGGCAUUUUGUUCAGGUUCAGGUUGGAGAGGUAAUGCCAUUUAUUGAUGAAAUUUUGAACAAUAUCAACACUAUAAUUUGUGAUCUUCAGCCUCAACAGGUACAUACAUUUUACGAAGCUGUGGGGUACAUGAUUGGUGCACAAACAGACCAAACAGUUCAAGAACAUUUGAUAGAAAAAUAUAUGCUACUCCCUAAUCAGGUUUGGGAUAGCAUAAUCCAGCAGGCAACCAAAAAUGUGGAUAUACUUAAAGAUCCUGAAACAGUUAAGCAGCUCGGUAGUAUAUUGAAAACAAAUGUUAGAGCCUGCAAAGCUGUCGGACAUCCCUUUGUAAUUCAGCUUGGGAGAAUUUAUUUAGAUAUGCUUAAUGUAUACAAGUGCCUCAGUGAAAAUAUUUCAGCAGCUAUCCAAGCUAAUGGUGAGAUGGUUACAAAGCAACCAUUGAUUAGAAGUAUGCGAACAGUAAAAAGGGAAACCUUAAAGUUAAUAUCUGGUUGGGUGAGCCGGUCCAAUGAUCCACAGAUGGUAGCUGAAAAUUUUGUUCCUCCUCUAUUGGAUGCAGUUCUCAUUGAUUAUCAGAGAAAUGUCCCAGCUGCUAGAGAACCAGAAGUGCUUAGUACUAUGGCUAUUAUUGUCAACAAGUUAGGAGGACAUAUAACAGCUGAAAUACCUCAAAUAUUUGAUGCUGUUUUUGAAUGCACAUUGAAUAUGAUAAAUAAGGACUUUGAAGAAUAUCCUGAACACAGAACGAACUUUUUCUUACUACUUCAGGCUGUCAAUUCUCAUUGUUUCCCAGCAUUCCUGGCUAUACCACCUGCACAGUUUAAACUUGUUUUGGAUUCCAUUAUUUGGGCUUUCAAACAUACUAUGAGGAACGUUGCAGAUACAGGCUUACAGAUACUUUUUACACUCUUACAAAAUGUUGCACAAGAAGAAGCUGCAGCUCAGAGUUUCUAUCAAACUUAUUUUUGUGAUAUUCUUCAGCAUAUCUUUUCUGUUGUGACAGACACCUCACAUACUGCUGGUUUGACAAUGCAUGCGUCAAUACUUGCAUAUAUGUUUAAUUUGGUUGAAGAAGGAAAAAUAAGUACACCGUUAAAUCCUGGAAAUCCAGUUAACAACCAGAUGUUCAUUCAGGAAUAUGUGGCAAAUCUCCUUAAAUCUGCAUUCCCUCAUCUUCAAGAUGCUCAAGUAAAGCUCUUUGUGACAGGGCUCUUCAGCUUAAAUCAGGAUAUUCCUGCUUUCAAGGAGCAUCUUAGGGAUUUCCUAGUACAAAUAAAGGAGUUUGCAGGUGAAGAUACAUCUGAUCUGUUUUUGGAAGAGAGAGAAACAGCCCUUCGACAGGCUCAGGAAGAGAAACAUAAACUUCAAAUGUCUGUCCCUGGCAUCCUUAAUCCACAUGAAAUUCCAGAAGAAAUGUGUGAUUAAAAUCGGAAGUCAUGCUGGGUUUUUUUGUUAUUGUUGUUGGGUUCCUCCCCACCCCCCCGCAACUCUUGUUAGCAGAAGAAAACAGCAUCUGGAUAUUUGUCGACCAAAAUGAUGCCAAUUUGUAAAUUAAAAUGUCACCUAGUGGCCCUUUUUCUUAUGUGUUUUUUGUAUAAGAAAUUUUCUGUGAAAUAUCCUUCCAUUGUUUAAGCUUUUGUUUUGGUCAUCUUUAUUUAGUUUGCAUGAAGUUUAAAAUUAAGGCAUUUUUAAAAAUUUUACUUCAUGCCCAUUUUGUGGCUGGGACGGGGGGAGGAGGCAAAUUCAAUUUGAACAUAUACUUGUAAAUUCUAAUGCAAAAUUACACAAUUUUCCUGUAAACAAUACCAAUUUUUAAUUAGGGAGCAUUUUCUUUCUAGCCUGUAUUUCAGUCUAGAAGAAAAGGUAAUGAGUAAAACAAAUUGCGUUAAGAGGAUUCUAGUGCUGCAUUGUCUAAAGUUAGCACCUCUUGGACUGAAUCGUUUGUCUAGACUACAUGUAUUACGAGUCUGUAUGGCAAGUUUGCAGCAAGAUCAUGUGCAUAUCAUCCCAUUGUAAAGCGACUUCAAAAAAUAUGGGAACACAGUUAGUUAUUUUUACACAGUUCUUUUUGUUUGUGUGUGUGUGCUGUCGCUUGUCGACAACAGCUUUUUGUUUUCCUCAAUGAGGAGUGUUGCUCAUUUGUGAGCCUUCAUUAACUCGAAGUGAAAUGGUUAAAAAUAUUUAUCCUGUUAGAAUAGGCUGCAUCUUUUUAACAACUCAUUAAAAAACAAAACAAAACUCUGGCUUUUGAGAUGACUUAUACUAAUUUACAUUGUUUACCAAGCUGUAGUGCUUUAAGAACACUACUUAAAAAGCAAAAUAAACUUGGUUUACAUUUA